CUGGAAACUUCCACGGCGCCGCGCGGCGGUCGGGAAGGGGAGCGGGCGCGCGCGGGUGCUGCUGUUGCCGCCGCCUCCCCGCCGUUCCGCCAUGGACGCGCGCAAGCUGAGCGAGCUGCGGGCGUUCGUGCGCCUCUGCAAGCAGAACCCGGGCCUGCUGCACACCGAGGAGCUGGCCUUCCUGCGCGAGUGGGUGGAGAGCAUGGGAGGCACGAUACCGCCUGCUCCAGCCAAUGCCUCUGCAGAGGAGACAAGUAAGGGCAAAGCAGAAGAACAGCCAGAGGAACCAGUUAAAUCACCGGAACCAGAAAGUGAAGAGAGUGACUUAGAAAUUGAUAACGAGGGUGUGAUUGAACCUGACAAUGAUGACCCUCAGGAAAUGGGAGAUGAAAAUGUGGAGGUAACUGAAGAGAUGAUGGAUCAAGCUAAUGAGAAGAAGAUGGAGGCUAUAAAUGCUCUGGGUGAAGGUGAACUUCAGAAGGCUGUCGACUUGUUCACUGAAGCCAUCAAGCUGAAUCCUUGUUUGGCCAUCCUCUAUGCCAAGAGGGCAAGUGUUUUUGUGAAACUACAGAAGCCAAAUGCCGCCAUUAGAGACUGUGACAGAGCCAUCAAGAUUAAUCCGGACUCAGCACAGACCUACAAAUGGAGAGGAAAAGCACACAGACUUCUGGGUCAUUGGGAGGAAGCUGCACAUGAUCUCGCCUUGGCUUGUAAACUGGACUAUGAUGAAGACGCUAGUGCGAUGCUGAAGGAGGUGCAGCCCAGAGCUCAGAAGAUUGCAGAACAUCGCCGAAAAUAUGAGCGCAAGCGUGAAGAAAAGGAAAUCAAGGAGAGAAUGGAAAGAGUGAAGAAGGCGCGCGAAGAGCAUGAGAGAGCGCAAAGGGAGGAGGAAGCAAGACGACAAGCAGGAGGAGCUCAAUUUGGUGGCUUUCCAGGAGGCUUUCCAGGUGGAUUUCCAGGGGCUAUGCCUGGAGGUAUGCCAGGAAUGGCAGGCAUGCCAGGUCUUAAUGAGAUCCUCAGUGACCCUGAGGUCCUCGCAGCCAUGCAGGAUCCAGAAGUUAUGGUUGCAUUCCAAGAUGUUGCCCAGAACCCGGCAAAUAUGUCCAAGUACCAGAAUAACCCGAAGGUCAUGAAUCUCAUCAGUAAAUUGUCUGCCAAAUUUGGCAGUAAACCGUAAAACCCCUGGUUCAUAAAAAUCAUAUCGGAACGGGAAGGAUUGAUUUGGCUAACCAGUGUUGCAAUAAAACAAACCAUUUUACCUCUGAUCCUUUUGAUGAGAACUGGGGUGCUCUAAAGAGAAUUGCUCUCUAGCCUCAUGUGUUGAACUUCUAAUGAUUGGUUUAUAGUACCGAAAUUAUAUUCGAAAACAGACACUUUCAACCAUCCACCUUUGCCUAAGAGUUUGCAAACUUUUGUUAUAAGUAUUAAAGACAGUUUCCUUUGAAUGAUUGAAUGAAGACUCUUGUAAGAGGUUGUARUAGUCUUGGAGUGUAUGAUAAAACCUCUUACUGCUUUUUUUUUUUCUGAAUUCUCAUUGAGCAAAGGGGAAGCAACUUUAACAGUUGAAGUCUGUCUUACCCACAUAGGACAGAUUGGUUGAGCUUAUAGAUGGCAAAGGUGAGACAAGUGUGAAGAAUUAACUGGAUAAAGGAGUUGUCUGCAAAUACAAGUCCUUAUUUUUUUAAAUGGGUGAUUGACUUUAUAUAGCUAUUAAAAAAAAAAAUAUAUAACCGUGCUCGCUACUUAUACACUGGAACUUCUGGCAGUACUGCAGAUAAUUCAUAUUGAUUACCACAGCUGUGCAGCAAAGGUGUAGUCUAAUCCUUUGCACAACCUGGCAUGAAAUACAUAUUGCAGAUGCCACAGAAGUUUUGCUUGCUCAGUUCUUGUCCAGCACCUUUAUGUAACACGUUAUUUAUCAAGCUGGGUACAGGAGAGCAGCUUAGAGCCUGUACUUGCGCUCUUAUCCGUUCCCAGUUAGCAGGUCCUGAACUGGUUGCACCCACCUUUCCUUGGGGUUGUGCUUAACAGCCUUCAUCUGAUUGGAAAUUUUAGGGAAGGGAAUCUUGUUCCUAUCACUACCUCUAUCCCGUUGAUGCAAGCCAUCCAGAAUAUAUAAAUGCAGAGUUCUAAAUUGGUUAAGGGGAGAGCACCCAACAAAAUUGCAGCUCUGGUUCCUUCAUGUAUUUUGAGUCCUUAAUAUGCUUACAGGCAAAAUUCCUUGGCCAAAGUUGUGGGGUUUCUUCUUUUGUGUUUUUUUUUCUCUUAAUCCUGAUGUCUGUUUAGAGAUGAUCACUCUUCCUUUAUUGCAUGCUAUAGUCUUCCAUCUUCUUUGUAUCCUUUUCUUUAAAAAAAAAAAAAGAAAAAAAAAAAAAAAGAAAAGAAAAAGAAAAAAGGCUGUUGUCCUGGUUUUGUACUUCAUUAUCAUACAGAUAAAAAGGUGAAGGAAUAGGAGUGGAUAAACAUAGUUCUGGUAUUAGUGAAUGAACGGCACGGAUAGCCUUGAAAGAGCAAGUCUGUGCUGAUGGUGUUCAGUGGGUUUGACUACCAAUAAAGACAGUUGUUGCUUCUGUUCAUCUUAGCUGUAACAUUACACAUUCUCCUUCUAUGGAGAAAUUAUAAUUAGUUGUUUGCCACUUAAGGCCCAACAUUUAUGUCGCUCCCUUGUAAUUCUGUAUCUUAAGUCAUAACUGAUGUUACUGUUCCUAAUUCAAUCUGGAUUGAUAUAGGAAAUCAGCAAGAAGAGCAGAAAAUAAAUCCCCAAAUGCUUUUUUUGUCAUACUGAUAACCCUGCAGAAUGAAAUGUGAAUCUUUUUUGCUUAAGAAAUAUAGUUCUGAAUACUUCUAGACGCCUUUAAAAAUAAAGUAUGGUUUUGAAAAAUAAAAUUACUUGGGUUUGUGUAACUUACUGGUAAAACCUAUUCUAUUUUAAACUAAGUCAUUCAUGGGGGAAUACUUUGAACUGUCUAUAAAACUUGUGAUUUAAAUCAGAACUAAAUGUUUAAGGGCUUGUCUUCAUGACAAAAUGAACUCAAGUUAUGAUCAAGUGUUGCUUUAUACCUGUUUUUUGAUUACGCUUUGAUCUGCCGUUCCUGUAAGGAGAUGUCUGCACUUGAAAUAGGUCACCCCUUGGUAUAGGUUGAAACUCCACUCCUGUUUUAUUCAGACUGGUCUGUAUGUGCUGUGAAUAAACUAGAGUAGCCUUAAUACAAAUUAAUUCCCUGUUCUUUCCUGUUACUCCAUCUUAGCUCUUGGUGUCUGUCUGUGUGAAUCUGGUGAAAAGUAGAAAGCUGCCUGCAGCUACUAUGAAUGGUCACCUUGGUGUCCUGCCUCCUUGCUGAUGUAUCAGGAGCACUUGUUCAAAGCCCCCUGACUCGGUACACACGUUCUCCCUUAACUUCAGUGUUAGUUUUAGCCAUCUAGGUGAAUUCUUGUGGCUAUGGGAAUGCACAUCCUGGGAGUCGUUUGGUGUGUGGUGACUGGGGGAGGAGGGAAGGGCAUGUGUUUAAUGCCAUCCAUUACGUUAAUUGAAGAGGUAAUUUGAAGAGCUCUUCAGUCCUCCUUGGCUUUUCCCCAAGCUGCUGUGUAGACAUCUAAGCAGCAGAACUGGUUUGAGCAGAAGUGCAAGCCUGGGGAGUAGAAUUGUACAGGGGACCAGCGGAGAGGAGAAGAGGUCCUAGUGUAGGGGAUACGUAGCCGUAGGGGGAAGUUGCUGUGUUCAUCAGUGUUUGCUCCAACUACGUAUUGGCAGCUCCCUCAGGUUAUGUUUCCACUGCAGUCCAUGCUAGGGAUUAUUCAUAAAAGUACCAUGGCAAUGAUCACUUUAGCUCAUGAUUUGGCUUCGAAAGACUUGGAGCUGCCAGUGUGGCAAGCGAUCUGAAGGGCUGCACCAUGCUCAGAUGUGCCUUUCUGUCAUUUGAGGCAAGUUAUGGCAUGCUCUGCUUGGUUUAUCCUGGGCCCUGGGUGUCAUGAGCUGUUACUCCAGAGGUUGGGAUAACACAGCUGCAGUUUAAGCAUCCUGGUAGCAAAGGGUGGUAAACACUGUUGGGUUAUAUGACUUCUAGUCUGUCACCAUCCUUUCUGGGUCAACUGCUACCCCAAGUCA